AUGGACUCUCCGAUUAUUAGCCACCUGUUUCGACAGCUAUUCCGUCAUCCAGCAUGCCAAUCCCUCCGUCCUUCACCUCCGUCGCACAUAUUUCGUCUAUCCCGCUCUCAUCCACAAUAUCGAACGUUUAUCACGCGUCGCGCGGUGGCUAAGCGCAAGAGCGCGGACGAUGGCUUGAACUGGACGAAACGCGGGGAUUACCCAAAGAAUAUUGACGAGGAGUUGAAAACAUACCCGUUGGUGACUGCGAAAGAGUUGCGCCAUCGCCGGGAUCGACCUCGACAGGUACAAAUGUUGACAAGAGAAUUCAUUGACGACAGUUUGUACAAUCCCCAUUAUGGCUACUUUUCCAAGCACGCGACCAUCUUUAGCACCGGGGAGCCAUUUGAUUUCAACCACAUCGAAGAUGGACCGGCUUUCCACCGGAUGUUGGGCGACCGUUAUUCGGCAUUCGAAGAUUUCCUAGACAAAAAGCAGCCAGAUGAGGCCCGCCAGCUCUGGCACACACCGACUGAAUUGUUUCGGCCUUACUACGGCGAAACCAUUGCCCGCUAUUUGGUGUCGAAUUAUAAGCUGACGCUGUACCCCUAUCAUGAUCUGACCAUCUACGAAAUGGGCGCUGGAAACGGAACGUUGAUGAUUAACAUCCUCGACUUUAUCCGCGAUACAGACUACGAAGUCUAUCAACGAACCAAAUUCCGAAUAAUUGAAAUCUCCCCCGCUUUGGCUGGACUUCAGAUGAAAAACUUGACAGAUUCACUCUAUGCUGCAGGCCACUUGGAUCAUGUUGAGAUUAUCAACAAGUCCAUCUUCGAGUGGGACACCUACGUGCACUCGCCAUGCUUCUUCCUUGCGCUCGAGGUGUUCGAUAAUUUCGCUCAUGACGCUAUCCGCUACGAUACCAAGACAGAGUUACCCCAGCAGGGUGGGGUGUUGAUUGAUGCGGACGGCGAAUUUCACGAAUAUUACACCCCCAUGCUGGACCCUGUGGCUUCCCGGUUCCUGCGUGUCCGUCAGGCCGCAGCUCGGCGCGAAUUCUCCCAUCCGCUGGGCCCGCGACUCAUGCGCCAAGUCCGUGGAGCAUUGCCCUUUCAGAAACCUUCCACCACUACUGAGUACAUUCCAACGCGACUAAUGCAGUUCUUCGAUAUACUUGAUAACUACUUCCCGGGCCACCGACUGUUAGCUAGCGACUUCAGCACCCUUCCGGAUGCCGUGCCGGGGAUUAAUGCGCCGGUGGUACAAACACGUUACAAGAGGAGAACUGUGCCGGUCUCUACUCCUUUUGUUCAUCAGGGCUAUUUUGACAUCUUUUUCCCCACGGAUUUCAAUGUCGUUGAGGACAUCUACCGAGCUGUCACUGGGAAGCUGACGCAAGUAGCAAGCCACGAAGAUUUUGUCCGACGCUGGGCGUAUGUUGAAGAUACAGAAACUAGGAGCGGCGAGAACCCGCUUCUAACAUGGUAUAAGAACGCCAGCAUGUUGAUGACGGUCUAG